AUGAAUUAUCAUUACAUAAAUCUGUUGAUCGCUGUUUGGAAUUGUUUAACUUUCUGGAAUUUAGUGCAAGGUGAACCAAUGUGUGAAUACAAUCGACAUCUGAAAGUUUCAGAAGAUUCCAAUGACUGUGCAUUCUACUACAGUUGUUUCAACGGACGAGUUAUCGCAAGUCAUCGUUGUUCAGGUCGAAAGGAUCCGAAUCAGUGUGGCCGAUAUCAUUUAUGCAUCCGCAGUAAAUCUAUGAAAAUCCAGUUUUGUCCUCCGGACCAAACAUGGUCGGAUGAAGAGCAAAGAUGUGAAUUAAUUGGCGACUAUCCGGACUCCUGUUAUCAGUGGUCAACUAGUGUUUCUAACCAUUUUCUCAUUACGACACCAACGUUUGGCUGGACGACGCGAUACAAAGGACGAACGGAUAUGGUGGAGAGGAGCACCCACAAAACUCCAUCCUCGACAAAUAAGGACCCGGACUCUGAUUGGUUUCAGUGUGAGCCUCGUGUUUCUUCUUAUAUUGUUGGUGGUCUGGCAGCGACCGAUGGACAGUGGCCAUGGCAAGUUAUGCUCAAAGGGAAACUGAACUCAAGCCAUACAACCCAAUGUGGUGGAGUACUCAUUAGUCCUAAAUGGAUUCUUACAGCUGCACAUUGCGUUUACAGACCGUCUCUUCGCAAUGCUGGAGCCUGGACUGUUACACUGGGUGAAUAUCUUAUUGAUAAAUUGUCAGGACAUGAAAAAAAUAUAAAACCAAUCAGGAUUAUUAGGCACGAAAACUACUCCCCAACGGGUGGCUUUGAGAAUGACAUCGCCAUGAUUGAGUUACCAGAAAUUCUAGAUUUGAAUCCUAAAUCAGUGUUUCCUAUUUGCAUUGCUAGUAAACAACUAUCUAUUGAUCUUCACGAUUGCUGGAUGACUGGAUGGGGUAAUACAGAAGGCACUGCUGAUCCAAAUGUUCUCCAAACAUUGAAAGUUCACAUUUGGCACCAUCAAAGAUGCAAAGAUGUAUGGACAGGACUGAUUAGUGAUGGUCAUAUUUGUGUUAGUUCUGGAAAUUCAGGAGCAUGUUUGGGUGAUUCUGGCGGCCCGCUGUCUUGUAAAAUCAACGACCGUUUCGUACUUGUUGGCAUAGCAUCAUGGGGUGUUACAAGUUGUCGUAAUAACAACUUCCCGGACGUUUAUUCCAAUGUAACUUUUUAUUUGGACUGGAUUCGGAGUCGUGCUUCUUUGGCCAACAACUGA